AUGUCUACAAUUACCAUCACAUCUCCUUCCGGAAGGGAAAUCACCUUCAAUACUGGCUUGUUCAUUAACAAUGAGUUCAGGCCAGCAAGAAAUGACAACACAUUGACUACGCCAGAUCCGUCUACAGGCAAUGACUUGGCCACCAUCAGUGCUGCCACUGCUGAGGAUGUCGAUGACGCCGUUAAGGCUGCAAGAGCUGCAUUUGAGCAUACAUGGGGUAAGAAGAGUACACCGGCUCUCAGAGCUAGUUGUAUCAACAAAUGGGCAGAUUUGAUUGAAGAAAAUAUCGACACGCUUGCCGAGUUGGAGAGCUUGGACAAUGGCAAGCCAGUGUGGAUGGCAAAGGACAUCGAUAUUCCAGACAGUGUUGCAUGUCUUCGUUAUUACGCAGGACUUGCCGACAAGAUUGAAGGGAAGACCAUCGAGCAAGUAGAAGGUGUUAAGAUGGCCUUCACCAGAGCAGAGCCAAUUGGUGUGUGUGGUCAAAUCAUUCCAUGGAACUACCCAAUUCAAAUGUUCUCCUGGAAGGUUGGUGCUGCGUUGGCUGCCGGUAACACCAUCGUCAUGAAGCCUGCUGAACAGACUCCACUGAGUGCUUUGCUCGUUGCUGAGCUUUCUGCAAAGGCUGGCUUCCCACCAGGUGUUAUCAACAUCGUCAAUGGCCUUGGUGCUGUUGCUGGUCAAGCAAUCUCGAGCCACAUGGACAUCGACAAGAUCGCAUUUACUGGCUCUACAAUCACUGGUCGUCGUAUCAUGGAAUCAGCUGCCACGAGCAAUCUGAAGAGAGUCUCCUUGGAACUCGGUGGUAAGUCUCCAGUUGUUGUGUUUGACAACAUUGACAUUGAAGACACUGCCAACUGGGUUGCCACUGCCAUUUUGUUCAACCACGGACAAGAUUGUUGUGCAGCUUCUCGUCUGCUUGUCCAGGAUACCAUCAAGGACAAGUUCCUUGCUAAGCUAAAGGAGAACUUUGAGAGCUAUGUCAUUGGUGAUCCGUUUGAUAUCAAGACGUACCAGGGACCACAAGUUUCAAAGCUUCAGCAGCAGAAGGUUCUGUCCUACAUUCAAUCUGGUAUCGAGCAAGGUGCUACGGUGUUGACUGGUGGGCCAGAGAGAAUUGCUCAUUUACCAGAGAAGUUUAAGAAUGGCUUCUACUGUCCACCAACCAUUUUUGUUGAGUGUAAGCCAGGAAUGAAGAUUGUUGAUGAGGAAAUCUUCGGUCCUGUUCUCACGGUGCAAACCUUCACCACUGAGGAAGAGGCUGUCGAACAGGCUAACAACACGGCUUACGGACUUGGUGCUGGUGUCUUCUCCAAAGAUGCCAGUCAAUGUAUGCGUAUGGUCCAUGCCCUCAACGCUGGCACCGUUUGGUGUAACCAGUAUGUUUCUCUGAGUCCAGCUGUUCCAUUUGGUGGCAUGAAGCAAUCCGGCUUUGGUAGAGAGUUGGGAAUUGAAGGCUUGAAAGAGUACACCGUUACCAAGGCUAUCCAUUGGAACUAUGGAGAGAAGGCACAAUGGCCAGUCGAUGGUACCACGUGA